AAAAGAAAAGGGUUAAUCCGGACGUCCGAGUCGGCAAUAAAUAAGGGCGCGGGUAUGCUGUGGGUCGAAGAACAGACGGUCCCCGCCAGUAGUGAAUAUUUGACAGUCAAAUUUUAUUUUGCCGGAGACUAAAAGAAUGUCAAGAUUUUGGAAGCCGGGAACGGAGAAGCCUCGCCUUGUCGACGAUGAAGAAGGCGGCGUUUUGUUUUACACCGCUUCCUCAUCUUCUUCAUCAGGUUAUGGACAUGCUAGCAUGGAGAAGCAGAGGCAGAGGCUCCCGGUAUUCAAGUAUAGAACCGCCAUUCUGUAUUUAGUGGAGACGCACGCCACCACCAUCAUCGUCGGAGAAACAGGCAGUGGAAAAACUACUCAGAUUCCUCAGUACUUGAAAGAAGCGGGAUGGGCGGAGGGUGGACGGGUGAUAGCGUGCACGCAACCGAGGCGGUUAGCUGUGCAGACUGCUGCUUCAAGAGUUGCUGAAGAGAUGGGUGUCAAACUAAGUGAAGAAGUUGGUUAUACAAUUCGGUUUGAAGAUAUUACCAAUUCUGAACUGACAAGAAUAAAGUUUCUGACUGAUGGAGUGUUGCUGAGAGAAAUGAUGGAUGAUCCUCUGUUAAGCAAGUAUAGUGUCAUCAUGGUAGAUGAAGCUCAUGAACGGUCUCUUUCGACAGACAUUUUGUUAGGUUUGCUGAAAAAGAUUCAGCGGCGUCGGCCAGAGCUUCGUCUUAUCAUCUCAUCAGCUACCAUUGAAGCGAAAUCCAUGGCUUCUUUUUUUGAUACCAGCCGGAGGCGUCUAGGACGAGAUGGUGAAGAAAAUGGACCAAGGAAAAACCCUGCCAUCCUCUCAGUUGAGGGCAGAGGAUUCAAUGUGCAAAUUUUUUAUGUUGAGGAGCCUGUUUCAGAUUACAUUCGAGCUGCUGUUUCAACUGUAAAUGCCAUUCAUGAUGAGGAGCCAAUGGGAGAUAUUCUUGUAUUUCUCACCGGUCAAGAUGAUAUUGAUGCUGCAAUUCAAUUGCUUACAGAAGAUCCUCAUAGUAGAAAGCAAGGAUUGAUUGUCUUGCCUCUGUACUCUGGGUUGCCUCGUGGAGAUCAGGAUCUUGUGUUUUCUCCAACUCCUCGUGGGAAGAGAAAGGUGGUAAUAUCCACAAAUAUUGCAGAGACAUCCUUGACGUUGGAGGGCGUUGUUUAUGUUGUUGACUCUGGGUUCUCAAAGCAACGUUUCUACAAUCCGAUAACUGAUAUUGAAAAUUUGGUCGUGGCUCCAAUAUCAAAAGCUUCUGCUCGACAGAGGGCUGGUAGGGCUGGAAGAGUUCGGCCAGGAAAGUGUUACAGGCUCUACACUGAAGAAUAUUUCAUAAAUGAGAUGUCUGCUGAUGGUAUUUCAGAGAUGCAGAGGUCAAACCUGGUUCCUUGUGUGAUUCAGUUAAAAGCCUUAGGGAUAGACAAUAUAUUGGGGUUCGAUUGGCCAGCAUCUCCCUCCCCUGAAGCACUGAUCAGAGCACUUGAAGUAUUAUAUUCUCUCGGAAUCCUCGAUGAUGAUGCAAAACUUACAUCUCCUGCUGGAUUCCAGGUUGCAGAAAUUCCAUUAGAUCCGUUGGUUUCCAAAAUGAUUUUAGCUUCAAAUGAUUAUGGUUGUUCUGAGGAAGCCAUCACUAUUGCUGCUGUGCUAUCCAUACAGUCAAUCUGGUUUUCUGAUAGGGGAGCGCAAAAGGAAUUGGAUGAAGCCAAGUUGAGAUUUGCUGCUGCUGAGGGUGAUCAUGUUACCUUCUUAAAUGUCUAUAAAGGAUUUAUUCAGUCUGGAAAAUCUUCAAACUGGUGUCACAAGAACCAUAUAAACUACCAUAGCAUGAGGAAAGUUGAUGAAAUCCGACAACAGCUGAGAAGAAUAGCGCAACGUAUAGGCAUAGCUCUAAAAUCUUGCGAAGGUGAUAUGCAGGUAGUGAGGAAAGCAGUUACUGCUGGGUUUUUUGCUAAUGCUUGUCGUCUAGAAUCAUUCAGUCACAAUGGAUUAUACAAGACAGUAAGGGGUUCACAAGAAGUUUAUAUUCAUCCUUCUUCUGUGUUAUUCAGAGUUAAUCCAAAGUGGGUCAUUUUCCAUUCUAUUGUCUCAACUGAUCGUCAGUACAUGCGUAAUGUAAUCGCCAUAGAUCCAUCCUGGCUGACAGAUGUUGCUCCACAAUUUUACCAGCACCAACAGCUUAAUCCUAGACCUCACUGAUGGAUUCCUAGUGCCCAUUGAAGUUGAUUCGUUGUGAACAUUCAGCUCCAGUUUAUGCUUUUACCUCCAAAAUCUCAAGCCAGUAUCUUAUCGAUCAGUUUUUAUUGCUAUAUGAGUUCACUUGGCAAUUGUUACAUGAGAUGUCUUCUAUGUUGCUCGCAUAGCCAUCUAAAUCGUUUGCCUAUGGAGGACAUUGUUGCUCAGUCAUGAUUUUCAUGGAGUUGAAUGAGGUAAUAUUUAAGUAAUUUUUGUCAAGCAAUUCGGUUGCAGAAGCCUCUAUCACUUGCAGGCACUGCUCUCACAGUUGUGCAUUUGGAGGGGUGGUGAUUUAGAGAUAUCAAGUUGACUCGUCUCCCUAUGCAUAUCAAGAUGUUGGACAUGAUUUAGCUGCAUGUGAAGGUGAAGACAAAUGGAUAAGUUAAUGUAAUGAUGUUAUGGGAAAAGUAGCAACUGAUGAAAUGUGUUGACUGCAGGUCUCAUUUUUUCUUGCGUCUGUCUGCUAAUAAUAUUGAUAGAGCAGUAGAUAUACAUUUCAACAUUUCAAAUUUAUGAAAUAGGCGAUUUGUGAAUC